AUGUCCGACCACAUACAACAAGAACCACAAGUGCAUCACGCUUCCACCACCGCCUACCAAUCAUACGCAGAAGAUAACGACAACAAGGAAGAAUUGAAACCUUUCCCCUCAUAUCAUUCAAAUAACGAUAGUGCAGGAGGUGUCCCACUAACAUACUCAAGAUCCCAUUCGGAUUCCCAGGGAAGACAAAUUGAACCCGUCAAGGAUCAUAGAAGAAGACGUUCUUCCAGUAUAAUCUCUCAUGUGGAACAAGAAACUUUUGAAGAUGAAAAUGAUCAACAAGUCCUACCAAACAUGAACGCAUCAUGGGUAGACCAACGUGGUGCAUGGAUCAUCCACAUAGUCAUUAUAAUCCUAUUGAAAUUAUUCUACAAUCUACUACCAGGUAUUACUAAUGAAUGGUCUUGGACAAUGACAAACAUGACUUAUGUCAUUGGUUCAUACGUGAUGUUCCACAUGAUCAAGGGAACACCAUUCGAUUUUAAUGGGGGUGCUUACGAUAAUUUAACCAUGUGGGAACAAAUUGAUGAUGAAACUUUAUUCACUCCAUCAAGAAAAUUCUUAAUGAUGGUACCAAUCGCGUUGUUCUUAAUCUCCACACAUUAUUCUCAUUACGAUAUUAAAUUAUUCUCUUGGAAUUUGAUCUUGACUACAUUGGUAGCCAUAGUCCCCAAGUUGCCAUUGACUCAUAGAUUAAGAAUAUUCAUUCCUGGUAUCACAGGAAGAGCACAAAUUAGUUAA